AUGGCGGCCGCGCUGAGGCGAGUGCUCAGCCGUGGUCUCGAGGCCGCGCCGGGGCAGGAGGACGCGCCCGGGCCGCCCGUGCUGCUGCUCGGCGCCGCCGGCUCCGGGAAGACGGCGCUGCUCUUCGCCGCGGCCCUGGAGGCGGCGGGAGACGGCCGCGGCCACGUCCUCUUCCUGACUCGGCGGCCGCUGCAGAGCCUGCCGCGCGGCACCACGGGAGCGGCUCGCGAGCCCUGGCGGCUCCAGAAAAUUCGCUUCCAGUAUCCACCCUCCACUCAGGAGCUCGUGUGGCUCCUGUGCUCGGCCCACGAAGGCCGGGGACCUACCCCGUCCCUGUUGCUGCUGGACGGCCUGGAGGAGUACCUGGCCGAAGACCCCGGCACCCAGGAAGUCGCCUACCUGGCCGCCCUGCUCCUGGACACAGCCGCCCACUUCGGCCAGAGACUGGGACCCGGCCGGGAGUGUGGGCUGGCCGUGGCCCUGCAGACCCCGGAGGAAGGGGACGGCACGGGUGCCCUGCAGCUGGCCAUGCUGCAGCGCUACCUCCCCGCCCAGUGCUGGCUGCAGCCCCAGACCCCGGGCCCCGGCCGGGAGCCCAGCUGCCUGCGAGCCUGCCUGGACCCGGGGGCGCCGGGCCCCCGCUCCGAGUGGACAGUGACAUUUGGAGAGGAUGGGGAGAUGACGGUCACCCCCUGGUGCAGCUCGACCCAGCCUUGACCCUCGU